AUGCACCAAGAACGUUUUGUUAUGGCGUGUGAUGUUGGAACCUCAUCGGUGCGCACAGCUCUCAUCAAUCUCCGGAAUGGAUCGAUCAAGCCGAACUCUCUCAUCACUGAUUGUUCUAUUGAAUUAUUUACUCAUCCUGUUACGAUGCAUAUGGAACAAUCAUCCAUAAAUAUUUGGAAACAAAUAUGUAAUUCUUGUAAAAAGUCUUUACAAUGUUCAAACACAAGCCCGGAGCAAGUAGUAGGAGUAUGCUUUGAUGCUACCUGUUCGUUGGUUGUUUGGGAUGUCGAGAAAAAUAAGCCUAUCUCUGUAUCUUUAUGCAACGAGUUUAAUCAUGCUACCAAUGAAGAGGACGUGAGAAAUAUUAUUUUAUGGGCAGAUCAUCGAUCAAAAAAACAAGCCGAAGAAAUUAAUAGCACCAAACAUGAGGUAUUGAAGUAUGUUGGAGGGAAAAUGUCGCCUGAAAUGGAGAUGCCAAAAAUUAAAUGGUUAAUCGACAAUCAAUUGAUAAAUUUAGAGAAUGAAGCGGUACAUUUCUUUGAUUUAGCAGAUUGGCUCACAUAUAAAUGUACAGGUGAGCUUUCCAUACGAUCGCAAUGUACUACCACAUGUAAAUGGGGUUUUGUCUUUGAUGACUCUUCGAACAGAAAGGAAAUUAUUUGUAAUGGAUGGAAUAUUGAAUUUUUAAAAAGCAUUGGUCUUGAACAGUUAGUUCAACCAACCAAUCGAAUAGGAUCAAAUAUUUGUGAAAUUGGAAGAAACAUUUCGUAUCCAUUAACAAAACAAAGCGCUCAAGAAUUAGGUCUAUUAGAAUCUAUACCAGUAGCUAUUCCUGUAAUUGAUGCUCAUGCUGGAGGAAUUGGAAUGAUUGGCGCCGUUUUUAACAUGAAUGAAAAUAACACCAAGGAUGAUCUCUGUCGAACAAUUGUCAUCAUAGCUGGAACAUCAAGUUGCCAUAUGGCUGCUUCUACAACUCCAAUUUUUAUUGAUGGUGUUUGGGGAUGCUACCGUAACGCCAUGGUGCAAGAUAUGUAUUUGAACGAAGGAGGGCAGUCGUUUGUUGGAGCUUUGAUUGAUUAUGUAGUGGAGUCUCAUCCAAAAUAUUUUGAUCUUGUAAAAUUAGUGUAUGAAGAGACAAAGGAGCUCAACAUUUCGAACUUGAAGAAAAAAGUGUAUCAAAAAUUAGAUGACAUUUUGGAAUUGUUAAGAGAGCAGAGGAAUCUCAAGUGUGUAGAUAUAUUGACACGAGACAUCCACAUAUUACCACAUUUUAAUGGAUGCAGAUCUCCCCUUGCGGAUCCAAACAUGAGAGGAAUCAUUUCUGGACUUCAAACACUACCAUUGAAUACCAAUGAACACAUCUAUGAGCUCAUCCAUGGUACAGCAACACUAGUACUCGCCCCUCAAUUAGCGGAUUUUGAGCCGUUAGCUCUUCUCUACUUGUCAACAAUCCAAUCGCUGGCGUAUGGAACAAGACAUAUUAUCGAUGAAAUGGUUAAAAAGGGCUACAAUAUUAACAAUGUUUUCAUGUGUGGAGGCUUAUCAAAUAAUGAGCUAUUCGUUCGUCAACACAGCAACGCCACAAACUUACCAAUAUAUAGGAUGGAUGGAGACUCAAUGCUUUUGGGGUGUGGUGUGUUGUCGGCUGUUGCGUGCCAAGAGUAUUCCAAUAUGUUUGAAGCGAUGAAACACAUGUGUCACCUCAACAGAAACAAAGACGUUAUUCCGCAGCAUGACACACAGGAAUAUCAUCAAAAGAAAUACAAUGUCUAUUUGAAAAUGAACAAUGAUUUCAUAGAGUACAGAGAAAUGAUGAAGUAA